AUGAUUGGCGUUCCAAUAAAUCCAAAUUCCGUUUAUAUACCAAUGAUUCAAACUGGAUGUUUUAAAUCAGAAUUUGAUUCAACAUAUCCAAUACAUUUAAAUGGUAUAAUUAAUCAACAGGAAUUUCGAGAAUCAAUUAAUAAAAUAAAUCGUAGAAUUUCUUCAAAUAAAAUUUUAAUAAUUUUCACUAUUGGUUUUUGUUUAACCAUUAUAAUUGGAAUUAUAUUUUUUAUUGUUGGAGGAAUAACAAACAUUAACUCAGGUAAACAUGGAUUUCCUGUAUUAAUUGGUGUGGGCAUUGCUAUAACUGCAAUUGGACCAAUUGUUUGUGCUUGUGGAUGUUUUAUGAUACAAUCAAGACGAUUAGGACGAUUGCAACAAGCAAUAAGUGAAGAAUCAAUUAAAUAUUCGUCAAGAUCACCAAUAGGAUGUAGUUGGAGAUUAGAUACUUCUAGAGCAUGGUUUCGAGGAUAUGGAUAUCAUCAUAAUACUCAACUUGUUUAUCAUUUGGUUAUUGAUAUUGGUCGUUCUAGUAAUGGAAGAAACCUAUUAUAUCAAUCGAAUCAAGUUGCUCCUGAUCCAACAUAUUUUUAUGAACAACAAGAUAAUUAUGCACCUCCACCUUAUUAUUCUCAAUUAGCAGCAUUUUGUGCUCAUUGUAAUUCACCGAGACAAGAUUUAUCAGCUAAAUUUUGUUCAUCAUGUGGACAUGAAUUUCAUAAAUAA